AUGGAGUCAAUAAAUCUGCAAUCUAUCUCGGCGCCGAUGGUAAACCAGAGCGAUUUACCGUUUCGCAUCUUGACUCGUAAAUACGGCGCAACUGUAGCAUAUACACAGAUGCUCAUACCCGAAAAACUCAUAAAUGAUCAGGCCUACCUUGACUUUAAUCAGCGAGAUAUUUGUGGAUCUGCAGGUGGACUUGAGCGCCCUGUGGUCGUUCAACUUUGCGGGAACGACCCAGAGACCAUAGUCAAGGCUGGUAGAAAAUUACAAUCAUACUGUGAUGCCAUAGAUUUAAACCUGGGAUGUCCACAAGACCAUGCACGAGAUGGCCAUUUCGGUGGGUAUUUAUUGGGACAGAAAGAUUGGCCAUUAGUAGAAGGCAUCGUUUCUGCAAUGUCCAACUCAUUUACCGUCCCUGUUUCGGCGAAAAUCAGAUUAUGUCAAGAUACUCCCAAAACUGUGGAUUUAGCAAAGCGGAUCGAGUCUGCUGGGGCAUCUUGGGUGACUCUUCAUGCGAGACAUGUCUCUGCACGGCGACGGCGACAAGGAGCUGCAGACCUUUACGAGAUUAAGCGACUAAAAGAACAGCUCCACAUCCCAGUCGUGAGCAACGGGAACGUGCGUACUUGGGCGGAUUUGGAAGAAAACCGUACCUUCACAGGUGCGGAUGGCUACAUGGUUGGAGAGACCCUGCUUGGAAAUCCUUGGUAUAUUCCGUUCAUCAAACACCCUCCCCUUCUUUAA